AUGAACGCACGGUCGUUGCUCGACGGUGCGCAGCGCAGUGCGCCGGGCACGCCCGUGGAGAACUCGGAGUGUUCGACAGAGGCCAGUGCAGAUGACGCGCUGCUGCAGGGCGCCCAAGUGCCGUGUGAGCCCGUGUCGUUCAAGCGGCGCCAGCAGGGCAUGGGCAGUGUGCGCCGAUGGAUCAGCCAUGCAGCGCAGCACACGAGCCGCGCAGGCAGUUUCAGCUUUCCGCUAUGGCGCCGUGCGACGGCAACUACAAUGCCGGACGAUUGGGAGCAUCCAGCGCGCUACUUUAGUGCUAGUCACGUCACUGCGCCGCCGAUGCUUGCAGGCGACGGGAAUCCAUUGCCCAUGCUGCCGUACACUGUCCUGUGCCUUUUUAUAUUUGGCGAGUUUUGCUCCGCAGGCGUCGCAGGUCCCUUUCUGUUUUUUAUGCUGCAGGAUUUCCACAUCGACGACGAAGGGCGUGUGGGAUUCUGGGCGGGGAUCGUAACUUCUGCUUUUUUUCUCGCGCAGUUUCUCACUUCCCUCCUGUGGACAUCCGCUGCUGAGAAACGCGGCAGACGCAACGUGCUCCAAAUCUCGCUUGUGGGAAGCACCGUGUCCCUGCUUUUGUACGGCGUAGCGCCGAAUCUCACUUGUGCGAUCUUCUUCCGGCUGUGCCAAGGUUUUUUUUACGGCGCCGUCGGCGUCGCCAAAGGCGCCGUGCGCGACCUUGUCGACGAGACAAAUGAGAGCCGCGCGUAUGUGCAGAUGGGGCUGUGCUGGGGCAUGGGCGGCAUUGUAGGCCCGAUACUGGGCGGCCUGCUCGAGCACCCCGCAGAAAAGUACCCAUGGCUCUUUGGACAAAGCGCUUUGCUCACACAAUACCCGUACCUACUGCCAUGCACGGCAGCAGUGUCAUGUACAGCGCUCGCAGCGAUCCUCUCGCUCUUUCUCGACCCUGAAGCGCGCGGCACGAUUCGCGUACCCGAUUCGGAUGCGCCGGGCACGCCGUCCAGUGUCGACGAGGAUCCUUUUUUGCCCGGCGUCGAGCUGCGUCCUACGCGGGGCACUGCUUAUGGCCACACGCGAGGCGUUCGCCACGCAUCGGUGCCUGUUGUUCAGCACUCACAGCACGCAGCCCCUGCGCGGCAUUCCUACAUGGCGUCGAGGCCCGACGAGGCGCAGCACCGCGUGUCCAACAUGUCGUUAAUGGAGCGAUUUGUGCUGGCCAACGAUGACGCGGUCCUCUCGAUCACCGAUCUUUGGGUCGCCGCAGCGACCAAUGCAGACGAGCAGGAAGAGCAUGGCUCGGUCGUCGAGUACGACUCGGACCACGAACCAUAUACAGAUACCCCGCCACUCCUGGGCCAGGCAUACUGGGAGCCUCAGUCGCGCCCCGUCUCGGCCAAUACGUAUGUUCCUCCCGCUCAUUUCGCACGCACACAUCGCGUGCGUACGCCGAGCAGCCAGCAUGUCCGGGAGGAUGCUCCGCCCCCUCAAGGCGUGCCAGCAGCGCCAGCAUCGGUGUGGGCAUGUCUCCCGGUGGUGGUCAUUGCCGAGUACGGCCUGCUUUCCUUCCAUUCUGCCACCUUUGACCAAAUUUUCCUCGCGUUUCUCGUCACCCCCGCCGACUCUGGAGGACUUGCACUGACCGCGGGGCACUAUGCGAUCCUCAUCUCUGCCAUGGCUUUCUGCCAGCUCUUUUUUCAGUUCAAAGUGUACCCAAACGUCGGGCCACCCAAUGGCCGUCUGUCCUAUUUGGCCAUGCUGCAGCUGGGCCUCUCGCUACACUUUCCCUGCUACGUGCUCUUUCCAUUCCUACGCACGUUUGUAAUGCCAAGCACCGACGUGCUUGUGAUGAUGGGCAUGAUUGCAUGUGCCACGCUGCGGUGGCUCGCCAACGUGUUUAGUUUUACUUCGAUCACAUUUCUUUUGAAUGUUUGGUCGCCGGCGCACCUCGCUCCUUUGGCAAAUGGACUUGCACAGACGGUGAGUGCGGGUGCGCGGUGCGUGGGACCGAUUGUAGGCGGCGUUCUGUGGGCACAAAGUAUUCGUGGCGGGCCGGAUGCACAGCCAUGGCCGUUCAACUUCCACAUGGCGUUCUGGGUAGUGGGACUGGUGGCCUGUGCUGCGUGGAUAUCUGCACGGUACAUGCGCGAGCCGUCUAUGUAG